UGCCACAGCUUUAGCACACCUAUGUGAUGUGAGCAGUCUCGUGCAGCAGCAGCAGCAGCAGCAGCAGGAGGAGGAGAGCUCGUGCUCUCUGAUGUUUCACUGUCGCCGUGACGAUAAGUAGGCAGCAGCAGCAGCAGCAGCAGCAGAGCAGCAGGACGAGGAUGCUCUGUUGUCUGGUGCGCACUCUCCUCCUGUCUCCAGCUCUCCACCGACCGAGCACCAUGGAGGAGCUGCUUUAAUUAAUGCACAGUGCUUUAUGUGUGUCCCCUCCUGCUGCCGGAGCCGAUGAAUUUGAAACCGGACCUGUUUGAGACCGGACCUGCGUUUUUUUUCUGGCCCUCCAAAUCAGCUGUGGAGCUGCGUCUGAGUCAUAAAGUCUUCAGAGGAAAAAAAGAGGCAAAUUAUGCCAGCAGCACCAGAGUCGCUCCCCCGGGUGACGUGCCAGCUCAUCGGUCAGACUGCUCUGCCCUCCUCUAGCCACCCCGUCUACCCUGGCAGAUCCAUGCUGCUGGAUGCUCCUCACAGAGCCACGCCCGCACCAUGAGCGCCAACGGGCCAGCCCCAGACCCCGCCCCCUUGGCCCCAGAGGCCCCUCCCGCCCCGACCCCGGCCCCCGCUGCGGCCCCAGCAGCCCCUGCGGCACCACCCGCACCCGCACCUCCUGCCCUGCCUGCCCCAGUGUCCUCCACCAUCCCGGUAGGUGCGUUGGCGCAGAAGAAGCGGCAGCAGUAUGCCAAAAGCAAGAAGCAGGGCAGUAACGCCAACAGCAGGCCACCGAGAGCUCUGUUCUGCCUCAACCUCAACAACCCCAUACGCAGGGCCUGCAUCAGCCUGGUGGAGUGGAAGCCAUUUGAUAUCUUUAUAUUAAUUGCUAUUUUUGCCAACUGUAUGGCCUUAGCUGUCUAUGUCCCCUUCCCUGCAGAUGAUUCCAACUCCACAAACCACGACCUGGAAACAGUUGAGUAUGCCUUCCUCAUCAUUUUCACGAUUGAGACCUUUCUGAAGAUUAUCGCUUAUGGUUUGGUGAUGCACCAGAAUGCGUACGUGAGAAACGGUUGGAACAUGCUGGAUUUCGUCAUUGUCGUCAUAGGACUCUUCAGUGUUGUCUUGGAGCUUUUGACCAAAGAAGAGAAGGUAGAGGUUGAAGGAGAUCUCCAUCCGUCGAUGCACGGACACGGAGGUAAACCAGGUGGUUUCGAUGUUAAAGCCCUACGAGCCUUCCGUGUGCUGCGACCCCUGCGGCUAGUCUCAGGAGUACCCAGUUUACAGGUGGUGUUGAACUCCAUCAUUAAAGCCAUGGUACCUCUCCUUCACAUCGCCCUCCUGGUCUUGUUCGUCAUCAUCAUCUAUGCUAUUAUCGGCCUGGAGCUCUUCAUCGGUAAAAUGCACGCGACCUGCUUUUUUCCUGGCUCAGGGAUGACCCCAGAUUCGAUAGCAGAAGAGGAACCAGCUCCAUGUGCGAUCUCAGGGCACGGGCGCCAAUGCCCCAUCAACGGCAGCGAGUGUAGGGAAGGCUGGCGAGGUCCAAACGGUGGCAUCACCAAUUUUGACAACUUCCUGUUUGCCAUGCUGACGGUGUUUCAGUGCAUCACCAUGGAGGGCUGGACGGACGUGCUGUACUGGAUGAACGAUGCUAUGGGCUUUGAGCUUCCAUGGGUGUACUUUGUCAGUCUUGUGAUCUUCGGCUCCUUUUUCGUUCUUAACCUGGUUUUGGGUGUGUUGAGCGGAGAGUUCUCCAAGGAGAGAGAGAAGGCCAAAGCUCGCGGAGACUUCCAGAAGCUGCGUGAGAAGCAGCAGCUGGAGGAGGAUCUGAAGGGUUACCUGGACUGGAUCACUCAGGCCGAAGACAUAGACCCUGACAACGAGGAUGAGGCCGAUGAGGGGAGCAAGCGCAACCGGGUGACUCUGGCUGACCUCACUGAGAAGAAGAAAGGAAGGUUUGGGUGGUUCAGCCAGUCGUCCGACACUCAUGCGAGCGUUCCAGCCAGCGAAACAGAAUCUGUGAACACCGAGAAUCAAAACGGGGAGGAUGAAAAGACGCCAUGCUGCGGACCUCUGUGUCAAAAAAUUUCCAAGUCAAAGUUCAGUCGGCGCUGGCGCCGCUGGAACAGGUUCUGCCGCAGGAAGUGCCGGUUGGCUGUCAAAUCGGUGCCUUUCUAUUGGCUGGUCAUCAUCCUGGUGUUCCUCAACACGCUCACUAUAUCAUCAGAGCAUUACAACCAGCCCAUGUGGCUGACACAAGUGCAGGAUGUGGCCAACAAGGUGCUGCUAGCAAUGUUCACAUGUGAAAUGUUGGUGAAGAUGUACAGUCUCGGGCUACAGGCCUAUUUCGUGUCACUGUUCAACCGCUUCGACUGCUUCGUGGUGUGUGGGGGAAUCACUGAAACCAUUCUGGUGGAGCUGGAGAUCAUGUCUCCUCUCGGUAUCUCAGUGUUCCGCUGCGUUCGCCUGCUGAGGAUCUUCAAGGUCACACGUCACUGGCAGUCUCUAAGUAACCUGGUGGCGUCUCUGCUCAACUCCAUGAAGUCCAUCGCUUCCCUGCUGCUGCUGCUCUUCCUCUUCAUCAUCAUCUUCUCCCUGCUGGGCAUGCAGGUGUUCGGUGGAAAGUUCAACUUUGACGAGACCCAGACCAAGAGGAGCACCUUUGACAACUUCCCCCAAGCCCUUCUCACUGUGUUUCAGAUCCUGACCGGAGAAGACUGGAACGCUGUUAUGUACGAUGGGAUCAUGGCCUACGGAGGCCCUUCCUCUUCCGGGAUGAUCGUGUGCUUUUACUUCAUCAUCCUCUUCAUCUGUGGAAACUAUAUCCUCCUGAAUGUCUUUUUGGCUAUCGCUGUGGACAACUUGGCAGAUGCAGAGUCUCUCAACACGGACGAUGGAGGAAAGAAAGGGGACAAAAAGGAGGAGGAAAAAGAUGACAAGGAGGAAGAGGAGGAGAACGACGAAACUGCGGCGGAGGAGGAGGAUCCAGAAGUCCCGUCGGGGCCUCGGCCGGUCCUCUCUGACCUGGUAAAGAAGGAGAAGAUCACUCCGAUCCCAGAGGGAAGCGCCUUCUUCAUCUUCAGCACCACAAACCCGUUUCGUGUGUUUUGCCACAAACUCAUCAACCACCACAUAUUCACCAACCUCAUCCUGGUGUUCAUCAUGCUCAGCUCCGUCUCGCUCGCAGCUGAGGAUCCCAUCCGAAACUUCUCGGCUCGCAAUAUUAUACUUGGUUACUUUGACUAUGCUUUCACGGCUAUCUUUACUGUUGAGAUCGUGUUGAAGGUCCUAGGCUAUGCAGAUUAUGUCUUCACUAGUAUGUUUACAUUUGAGAUCGUAUUGAAGAUGACAACAUAUGGAGCCUUUCUCCAUAAAGGGGCUUUCUGUAGGAAUUACUUCAACCUCCUUGACCUGCUGGUGGUGGGAGUUUCCCUCGUCUCCUUUGGCAUUCAGUCCUCGGCCAUCUCAGUGGUCAAGAUUCUUAGGGUCCUUCGUGUCCUUCGACCCCUGAGGGCCAUCAACCGAGCCAAAGGCCUAAAGCACGUGGUGCAGUGUGUGUUCGUGGCCAUCAGAACUAUCGGUAACAUCAUGAUCGUCACCACUCUGCUCCAGUUCAUGUUCGCCUGUAUCGGGGUGCAGCUAUUUAAGGGGAAGUUCUAUCGCUGCACGGAUGAAGCCAAGUCCGCCCCAGAUGAGUGCAAGGGCACCUACAUCCUGUAUAAGGAUGGAGACGUGAACCAGCCAACCAUCCACAAACGACUGUGGCACAACAGCGACUUCAACUUUGACAACGUCCUCAUGGCUAUGAUGGCUCUGUUCACUGUGUCCACUUUUGAAGGCUGGCCUUCUUUACUGUACAAGGCGAUCGACUCCAACAGGGAGAACUUGGGUCCCAUUUACAACUACCGCGUGGAGAUUUCCAUCUUCUUCAUCAUCUACAUCAUCAUCAUCGCUUUCUUCAUGAUGAACAUCUUUGUAGGUUUUGUGAUCGUCACGUUUCAGGAACAAGGAGAGAAAGAGUACAAAAACUGUGAACUCGACAAAAACCAGCGUCAGUGUGUGGAGUACGCUCUUAAGGCGCGGCCGCUGAGGAGGUACAUCCCUAAGAACCCGUACCAGUACAAGUUCUGGUAUGUGGUGAACUCCACUGGGUUUGAGUACAUCAUGUUUGUGCUCAUUAUGCUCAACACGCUCUGCCUGGCUGUACAGCACUACGGACAGUCAGCGCUCUUUAACUACGUGAUGGACAUCCUUAACAUGGUCUUCACUGCUGUCUUCACUGUGGAAAUGGUUCUCAAACUCAUCGCUUUCAAACCCAGGCACUAUUUCGCUGAUGCUUGGAACACAUUUGAUGCCUUAAUUGUUGUCGGUAGCGUCGUCGAUAUUGCUAUCACUGAAGUUAAUAAACUUGUAGAGCCAACGGAGACUCCUCAGGUGGAUGAGCAGGGGAACACGGAGGACAGCGCUCGCAUCUCCAUCACCUUCUUCCGUCUGUUUCGAGUCAUGCGGCUGGUCAAGCUCCUCAGCAGAGGAGAGGGCAUUCGCACGCUGCUUUGGACUUUCAUCAAAUCCUUCCAGGCUUUGCCAUAUGUUGCUCUUCUGAUAGCCAUGCUGUUCUUCAUCUACGCCGUCAUCGGCAUGCAGGUGUUUGGAAAGGUCGCCAUGGUGGACGGCACGCACAUCAACAGAAACAACAACUUCCAGACCUUCCCUCAGGCUGUGCUCCUCCUCUUCAGAUGUGCCACUGGAGAGGCGUGGCAGGAGAUCAUGUUGGCCUGUAUAGCAGGGAAACUGUGUGACCCCGAGUCCGACUACAACCCCGGGGAGGAGAUGACGUGUGGCAGUGGAUUUGCAAUAAUUUACUUCAUCUCCUUCUACAUGCUCUGCGCCUUCCUGAUUAUCAAUUUGUUUGUGGCCGUCAUCAUGGACAACUUUGACUAUCUAACACGUGAUUGGUCCAUUCUGGGUCCACACCACCUCGAUGAAUUCAAGAGAAUUUGGUCCGAGUACGACCCAGAGGCUAAGGGCAGAAUUAAACAUCUGGAUGUCGUGACACUUCUUCGUCGUAUCCAGCCUCCUCUCGGCUUCGGCAAACUGUGCCCUCACAGAGUGGCCUGCAAGAGGCUGGUGGCCAUGAACAUGCCUCUGAACAGUGACGGCACAGUCAUGUUCAACGCCACUUUGUUUGCACUGGUGCGCACUGCUCUGAAGAUCAAAACAGAAGCAGGUAAUCUGGAACAGGCCAAUGAAGAACUGCGAGCUGUCAUCAAGAAAAUUUGGAAGAGAACCAGCAUGAAGCUGCUGGAUCAAGUGGUGCCUCCUGCUGGUGAUGAUGAGGUAACCGUGGGGAAGUUCUAUGCCACCUUCCUGAUACAGGACUACUUUAGGAAAUUCAAGAAACGUAAAGAGGAAGGCCUGGUGGGGGCUCACCCGACGCAGAACAACACAGCUAUCGCUUUACAGGCUGGCCUUCGCACGCUUCAUGAUAUUGGGCCCGAAAUUCGGCGAGCGAUAUCAUGUGAUCUGCAAGAUGACGAGCUAGUAGACUUUAUUCCAGAGGAAGACGAGGAAAUUUAUAGGCGCAACGGCGGCCUCUUCGGUAACCACCUCAUGAACGGUGGUCAUCGGCGAUCCAACGGCCACCAGACCAACGCAACGCAGCGCCCCCUGCAGGUGCAGCCUCCGCCUCACUACGCCCACAUGGAGCAGCCGGUGGGACGGCUGUCUCGAGCCAACGCCAUGUCCCACCCCAACCACCAUCACCACCACCACCACCAUCACCACCGCCACCACAACUCCUACGGCAAGUCUCCCAAAUCCACCAACAUCAACCUCAACAACGCCAACGUGUCCAGCCUGCCCAACGGAGGUCACCAUCGUUACUAUGAACACGCACCUCCCAAUGGCUACCCGGGUCUUCGCAACACCUACUACGACUACGAGAAGCCUCGGACGCCUCAGGGUCAAAGAAGGCGCUACUAUGAGACCUAUGUUAGGUCUCACGGAGUCGAUGGACACCACCCCACCAUCCGCAGGGAGGAGGAGUUUGAAGAAGACCGCCUCUCUGGGGAGUAUUACAGCGGGGAGGAGUUUUAUGAAGAUGACAGUAUGCUGUCAGGGGACAGGUAUCAGAACAGUGACGCGGAGUACGAGACUCCCAAAGGUUACCAUCACCCCGACAGUUACUAUGAAGAUGACGAGCAGCCUCUCUACCGAGACUCACGGAGGUCACCAAAGAGACGAUUGCUUCCUGCCACGCCUCAGGGUAUCAUACCCCCUGGUCACAGGAGGCCAUCCUUCAACUUUGAGUGUCUGCGCAGACAAAGUAGCCAGGACGAGCUUCCACACCAGCGUACCGCUCUACCACUGCACCUUAUGCAGCACCAGGUUAUGGCUGUAGCAGGCCUGGACUCCAGCAGAGCCCACCGCCUCUCCCCGACCCGCUCCACCCGCUCCUGGGCCACUCCCCCUGCCACCCCGGCCAGUAAAGACCAGUCGCCAUACUACACCCCUCUCAUCCGUGUGGACCACCCACACAGGGAGAGUGCUGCUAGCAGCCAAGUGUCUGUGCGCAAGAGCUCCUGGUACACAGACGACCCCGAGUUCUCCCAGAGGAUGUACUCGCCCGUCCACCUGCAGGUGCCACCUGAGUACCACAACCAGUACCACCAGAAGAGAGGCAGCGCCACCAGCCUUGUGGAAGCGGUUUUGAUAUCAGAAGGGCUUGGGAGAUACGCCAAGGAUCCCAAGUUCGUCGCUGCCACAAAGCACGAGAUAGCAGAUGCAUGUGAGAUGACGAUAGAUGAGAUGGAGAGUGCAGCCAGCCACCUGCUGAACGGAGGGAUGGCCCCGAGCGUCAACGGGGUCAACGUGUUCCCCAUUCUGACUCCGAGGGAUUAUGAACUGCAGGACACUGCAGCCAGCUACAGCGACGAGGAACCAGAGACGGAGCCAAGAGCUCCUUAUGAGGAGGACCUGGCAGAUGAGAUGAUCUGCAUCACGACUUUAUAGCAGUGGCUGGAGAAAUCUGCAACUUGUCAGACUACAAUCAGUGGAAAUAAAAAAAAAAAAAGAAAAGCAUCUGUUGGUUCUGACCAAAAGAAGUGCCUUUUACAUUGAAGAGAAAAGGCAUAAAGAAGAGAGACACAUUAGUCCCGUUCAGUUAAUUGUUCUCCACCUGCCGGCAAAGGAGGUCACAACACAGAGCCAGAUACCAUCCCUGCUGAGGAGCACAGAGGGACUCCUCCUGUCAAAGGCCUCGGGCUGGAGGUGACGUACAGGUUCAGCCAAUCAGAGAUGAGGAUAUUGAAAGAUGGACCAACUGGCAAAAAGGUGUGAGCUACUCUCUAGGACGGGUCUCUAAGGGUGAUGACAAUCAGAUGUACGAUGUCAUUACCUCGGUCACUUUAUUAAGGUUUGGCAUAUCAUGCAAGUUUUCAAUGCAAGCAUAGAAAGGCAUAUCUCCUCCCGUAGUUGUUAGUGUGACUUGAUCCCUUCGUUGUUGUUAGAGCAGACCGUUUAAUGAUCGCUACAGCCGAGUCAAAAAGUGAAGAGCUCCAGUAGAGUUGUACCAGAUUAUGCAGGAACUAACUGUCCUACUUAUAGCAUCAUUCAACUUGAGAUACUGUAUGUACUUUUGAAGCGACAAAAGCAUUUGUGAUAAAUGCACUAGCAGGCAGGUUAUUUUAAAAUUUUAGAAUAUCCUGAUUAAUAUUUCAUAGUUGAUAUGCUGUAAAUUGUAUUAUAUAACAAAAGAAACUUUGUAAAGAGAUACUCUAUAUUUUGUAAUUAUGUUUCAUUUAAAAGAUCAGCAAUAUGGACCCUUGUGACUCCUUGUUAUGCUAUAAAAGCAGACUUGUUAUUUUAUUAGGUAGAAGAUUCUGAUAUUUAUUUGCCUUUUAUUCUUUUGCUAAUAUGCACCCUUUAUUUUGCCUAUGAAAACAGCAUUUUUAAGAGAUUCUGCUUGUGUGACAACACUACUGCACAAGAUAUGCAAAUGGCUUUGAUUUCUUAGCUUAGGAGUACACGUGUUACUUCAUUAAACCAACACCAGUUGCAUAAGGUUAAGCCCCCUUUAAAGGAGCAUUUUUAGGAUCCAGCGCUGAAAUUUUAUACAGAUGUGAUGGACACAUUUGUUUGCAUAUUUUGUGCAGGGCAUGCACAAGGAUUUAAAAUGCAUAGUGCAUUAACAAUGCUGCUUUUUUAGUUGGUUCCAGAGUCAAACCUAGGUUUCGUCAGCCCCUACUGAAAUGCCUUUUUGCUGCUGAAAGAACGAAAAAAUGGUAGAUGGUUAUAACAGGGAUAAAUUAAUAUUUCGCAUAGCUUGUGCUGGGAUUUUCCAUGACGUACUCUUUGUUGAUGGUGUAAUUCCAUUAAACCUUUGUACUGAAUCUUGGCAAUCACAUCUUAGCCUUCAUGUGGUGUGUGAGGCCUCGCAGCCUGUGGUGGCCAGAGACACAUGCACACAUCCAAAGGUCAGAAACAGUCCAACGUGUUGUUGUUGUAGAUGGAAGGACAGAAGGUGUCCUGGUGUCAGGAUGCUGGAGAGAGGCUAAGCAAUACUAACCCCCCCGCCCCUUUCUCUCUCGGCCUGCCUGGUUCCUGCAUACAGUAUACCUCGUUAGGCAACGGUGACAACAUAUCAUUGUCUCAACUUACCUGUCUGUCACAGUGGAGUCUUUGAAAGAGAUUAGAUAACGCUAUUUAUUAAUGAGACCGGGAGGGAAAACUCACCCUGGAUGCAUAAAAAGGAGCAACUAAAGCCCACAAGUUGGAACAAAAUGUCUUUUAGUUUUUAUUUAUUACCAUUAAUUGAUCUAUUACAGUGCAGAUACUGGACUAAAUAAACUGAAAUGGGCUUUUUCAGGCAUUACCAUGGAGAGUUUGAGUUAGCACCAAGGGUAUUUAAUGUGUCGUUCAUGAGUGUUUGAUUUGUAGGCGAGUGCGUACUGUACUCUAAUUCAACCGAAUACUGUCAUGAAAAUGUAGGUUUUCCAUUUUGUGUGCACAUUGAAAGGGCUCUUUGAAUUGUUUGUGAGUAAAAAAAAAAAAAAAUGUGUUCUUGUCCUUUUGUUGAUGACUGUCAUAUAAAAGGACCAAUGCACAUAAACAGGCACAUUGUACUAUUCGUAGCAAUUACAGUACUGAUGAACUGAAGAUAUGCAUUAUUUUGUAAACACUUUUAAAAGUUGUGUUAAACUAAAGAUGAAAAGAACUUACUUUUACCUCAUGUCAGGGAUUCCUGAAAAAAGAAAAUAAUGAUUUGGUUCAGUCUAUACCAAUGGUAUUUAAAUAUUAGCACAUAGCUGUUUGUCUUUGCACAAGUAACUGUAUAGUGCUUUUGUUUCUCCUUUUUCUAAACAGAUUUGUGUAUUAAGGUGAGACAAUUUUGUACUUUUUGUGACUGUGUGUAUGGUUUAGUGGAAUCUAUAUUUGUCAUUUACACCUCACCUUACAAUGCUGGGAAUGAAAGAGUAUUAAAAAACAUUUUCAAGGUGCACUGUUUCUCUGUUCGCGGGUAGGGAAAAAAAAUAAAAUGGUAAAGUACCAGUUUACAGAGAAACACAUAUUGAUUUGAACGUUUCUAUUAGUUUUCUUCAUAUUGUUAUGAUUAUAAUUACUAUUACAACUAUUAAUGUUCUGAAAGCUGUAUUAAAAUAGAAGAUAAUGUAAAAUAUGUACAAAAGUAUGGAAAGACCCAUGGUAAUGUUCUCUACUUGAAAGUCUUGAUAUUUGCUCCUUAAUGUUUUUAUUCAGUAAACAUCAUUUCUCUUAGUAGCAAAUGCUUUACUAUAACCUUCUAGGUUUUUUAUCAAUACAUUUUUUUGUAUUUUUCAUUUUAUUUUGGCCUUGACUUUAUUUGAAUCGAUACUGACAUUUUAUUUUCUAUUGAUCAUCAUUGAAUAAACUUAUGCUGAAUUAC